AUGGCGAUUAGAACAUUCUCUUCUCUCAUACGCGCUCUUCAUCAAACCCCUAAAGCUCAGACAUUUCGUUUCUUCUCUACACUUUCACACGAUCCUCCAUCGCCAGAUCUUGUAAACGAAAUCUCCCGCGUUCUGAGCGAUCACCGGAACCCUAAGGACGACCUCGAACACACUCUUGGCGUUUACUCUCCACGGGUUUCGUCGAAUCUGGUCGAACAAGUGUUGAAGCGCUGCAAAAAUCUCGGUUUUCCUGCUCACAGAUUCUUUCUAUGGGCAAGACGAAUCCCAGAUUUCGAACACAGCUUGGAAAGUUAUCACAUUUUGGUGGAGAUUCUGGGUAGUAGCAAGCAAUUCGCUUUGCUCUGGGAUUUUUUAAUCGAAGCCAGAGAGUAUAACUACUUUGAGAUCAGCUCUAAAGUCUUUUGGAUUGUGUUUAGAGCUUAUAGUAGAGCUAAUCUACCUGGCGAAGCAAGUCGAGCGUUUAACCGAAUGAUUGAGUUUGGGAUUAAGCCUUGCGUUGAUGAUCUUGACCAGCUUUUGCAUUCUCUUUGCGAUAGAAAACAUGUAAAUCACGCGCAGGAUUUUUUCGACAGAGCCAAAGCCGGGAUCGCACCGAGCGCGAAGACGUAUAGCAUUUUGGUUCGAGGCUGGGCUAGAAUCCGAGACGCUUCAGGUGCACGCAAGGUGUUCGACGAAAUGCUCGAGACGAAUUGCCCUGUAGAUUUGCUUGCUUACAACGCUUCAUUAGACGCUUUGUGCAAAUCCGGUGAUGUUGAUGGAGCUUAUAAGAUGUUUCAAGAAAUGGGUAAUCUUGGACUUGAACCAGACGCAUAUAGUUACGCGAUAUUCAUCCACGCGUAUUGCGACGCGGACGACGUUCACUCGGCUUAUAAGGUUCUUGAUCGGAUGCAAAGGUACGAACUUGUACCAAACGUGUACACAUACAACCAUAUCAUCAAAACACUCUGCAAGAAGGAGAGAGUUGAUGAUGCUUACUUACUGUUAGAUGAGAUGAUUCAGAGAGGGGCUAAUCCUGAUACUUGGACUUACAAUUCGAUAAUGGCUUACCACUGCGAUCACUGCGAAGUGAAUCGUGCAACGAAGCUGAUCUCUAGAAUGGAUAGAACCAAGUGUUUACCUGAUAGACACACUUACAACAUGGUUCUCAAGUUGCUGAUAAGGAUAGGGAGAUUUGACCGUGUGACGGAGAUGUGGGAAGGAAUGAGUGAGAGAGAGUUUUAUCCGACGGUUGCUACUUACACAGUGAUGAUUCAUGGGUUGGUGAGGAAGAAAGGGAAGAUAGAGGAAGCUUGUAGGUACUUUGAGAUGAUGAUUGAUGAUGGGAUUCCACCGUAUUCGACAACGGUUGAGAUGUUGAGGAAUCGGUUAGUCGGUUGGGGACAAAUGGAUGUUGUGGAUGUUUUGGCCGGGAAGAUGGAGAGGAGUAGUUCUUGUUCGGUUAGAGAAAUGGCGGUUGAGAUGAGAGGGAAGAGGAGGAGAGUGGGACGUAAGAGUGAAGAAAGCGAAGAUGAUGAUGAUGAUAUUGAGCUUGAUAUGAGAGAAAACAUAUGAAGAAAAGAACAUUUUAGAGUUAGUUAUAUGACUUCAAGAUUUGGAUGGGCUCAAAGAGUAGCUUGAUUUCUCAAUGACCACAAAAAAUAAUUGGAUUCACCAUCGCUUGGAUAUUGAGUGAAGAAAGCGAAGAUGAUGAUGAUAUUGAGCUUGAUAUGAGAGAAAACAUAUGAAGAAAAAAACAUUUUAGAGUUAGUUAUAUGAAUUCAAGAUUUGGAUGGGCUCAAGAGUAGCUUGAUUUUUCAAUGACCACAAUAAAACUGCAACAUAAU